GUGUGGCGGUUUUCUGCGGUUGCACGGGGGUUCGAACGAGUACGGAGCGCCUGGAGGGACAGCCGGGAGAAACGUUCACUGAUGGCUCAAUUGGGAGCAGUUGUGGCUUUGGCCGCCGGUUUCUUCUGCUCCUCUCUCUUCUCGGCCGUGCACAAGAUAGAAGAGGGGCACAUUGGGGUAUACUACAGAGGCGGUGCCCUGCUGACCUCCACCAGUGGCCCUGGCUUCCAUCUCAUGCUCCCUUUCAUCACCUCAUAUAAGUCUGUGCAGACCACCCUCCAGACAGAUGAGGUGAAGAAUGUACCUUGUGGGACUAGUGGUGGUGUGAUGAUCUACUUUGACAGAAUCGAAGUGGUAAACUUCCUAGUCCCGAACGCAGUGUAUGACAUAGUGAAGAACUACACUGCCGACUAUGACAAGGCCCUCAUCUUCAACAAGAUCCACCACGAGCUCAACCAGUUCUGCAGUGUGCACACCCUCCAAGAGGUCUACAUUGAGCUGUUUGAUCAGAUUGAUGAAAAUCUCAAACUAGCUUUGCAGCAGGACCUAACCUCCAUGGCUCCUGGGCUUGUCAUCCAAGCCGUGCGGGUGACAAAGCCCAACAUACCGGAGGCCAUCCGCAGAAACUACGAGCUGAUGGAAAGCGAGAAGACAAAGCUGCUCAUUGCAGCCCAGAAGCAGAAGGUGGUGGAGAAGGAAGCCGAGACAGAGCGGAAGAAGGCCCUCAUUGAGGCAGAAAAAGUGGCUCAAGUAGCAGAAAUCACCUAUGGGCAGAAGGUGAUGGAGAAGGAGACGGAAAAGAAGAUUUCAGAAAUUGAAGAUGCCGCCUUUCUGGCCCGGGAGAAGGCCAAGGCCGAUGCCGAGUGCUACACUGCGAUGAAAAUAGCGGAAGCCAACAAGCUGAAGCUGACCCCGGAGUAUCUGCAGCUGAUGAAGUACAAGGCGAUUGCUUCCAACAGCAAGAUUUACUUUGGCAAAGACAUCCCGAACAUGUUUGUAGACUCUGCAGGCAGCCUGGGCAAGCAGUUCGAGGGACUGGCUGACAAGCUGAAUCUUGGCUUAGAAGAGGAGCCUGUGGAGGCAGCCACUGAGGGCAACUGACAUGUUUUUAGACAACCUCAGAUGACGCUUGAAGACAUCUUUAUUUUUGAACAAUGAACCAGAAGACCCCCCUCCCUCCCACACUACCUUCUUUGACUCUCUUCAAGGGACAGUGGUGGAAAAAAAGAAAGGGACCAGCUGACUGAGCUCUGCUCCCCUCCCUGGUAAGGGGAGGGUGGGCAGUUGAGGACCUGGGGCUUAAUUCCGCUGAGCAGGUUAGUUAACUCCUGGUGAGAUUUGUCGACGUAGAUGUGACCUUGGCGCUCCACGCACUCAUGGUGACCCUUAGAAGCUGGUUUCCUUAGGGAGGCUCUCUUUCAGGAGCGGAGGAACUGUAGGCUGUGCCCCCCGGUGACUUGAUUUUCCCUCUUUGGGAAAACGUGGUCCAGUGUUCUCACCCCCCACCUCCACAGUGGAAGGUGUUUGUGGGUGAGGCGCAGCCACCGAGCAAACACGUGCGUGUACGUCUGCCAGGAGAGCUGCAGAGCAACGGCAGCAGAGAACGUUGGGCCGGCCUGCCAUCUGUGUCCGUCCCAUCCACGGUCCAGUUAUCUUAGGGCCGAGCUGCCUCGAGCCCUGGUAAGGAAGAACUGGUGCUAGGUUUUGCAAGGUUUUCUAUACACUACCCUUCUCCCCCCAGGGCUUUCAGGCGAUGCUGGUUUCUGGCUCAGUCUCCAGAGUCAGUGUUGGGGCACCACCACACAAUUCCUCGUGAAGCGACUCACCCGCUCCGUGACUUGUCUUCCCUCUCAGUCUGUUUGCUGGUGCCAGUCGGCAUGAAGAAGACGGCCCAAACGCUCAGUGUCUGCACAGCGGCUGGUGGGAAAGGCUUUAUCUGGUGACCCUACCUGCUUGGCCCAUUGUGCCGGUGCCUCGAGCUCUAGUGUCUCCUAGUUGUCAUAGGGAUUCUACCCUGAAGAGCCCCGAUACCAUGUUUGGAAGAGACUUCCUAGUCUUAAGCCUAGGGCUUGUUCUGGGCGUUAGACCGACUUCCCUGACAGAGCGAUCAAACGGAGCCCUCUCCCUAAGUAGCAUCUGAUGUUUAGCCCAGGGCUCUAGGAAGCCCCACAGGGUCGCAAUGAGUGCUGCAUCGCUGGAGACAGUAAUGGGACUACCUGUCCGGGUUCAUGCCCCAAGUCCCUGGGCUGGGAUGUUUGCAUCAGAAUCAGUCUAAAAUGUCUAUUUGUCCUGACGACUGGGGAAAAUUUGAGCCACACUGGGAGGUUUGGGGUGAGGAGGAAAGAAAAGGCCUUGUAUCCCGAAGUGGAAGGAGCUGGUCUAGCCCUUGAGUUGUGACCUGCACUGAGUGUGGAGUUGACUUGCACGCAUAUUGCUACUGCCCACGACCAACUCUGGCUUCCAGUGUUGCCUGUUUGUUCGCUGCCCUCUGAAACCCUCUGGGUGGAUAACAUGAGCGAUCACUUUCUCUGGCGCAGAUCCCCACCUCAUAUUUGGUCUUGUACCCAGAUUUCUGGCACAUGGAAUGGCCUCUUCUCAAGCCAGAACUCAGGCAGGCGUGCUCCUACAUAGUACCAAGCUGACCUGGGAAGGUACCCUGCUCACUGCCCAAACUGCCUUUCUCUCUCUGUUGCAUUCCUGGAACUGGGAACGCUCAGCCCACUGGUCCUGGUCACAUUUUGUGUAGGCGUCAAAUGUCUGAGGAGUGACAGAUUCCAAGAGUUCUUGCAUGAGGCGGUACAUCUCCCAAGACCAGUGUAGGGUGUCCAUGCUUAAGAUGCACUCGUUUGCUCCCUGUCUGUCGGGGCUGUUAGUCAUUGGUUAAGAGCAGUGCAAUGGGUCCAGCCUCCCUGGCUUACAUGUCUGUGAGCUCUUGCUGCCUGAGCCUCAGAAAGCACCCGGCACAGUGGUAGGAGCAGGCGCAGGGAUGCUCCACCUCAGUCACAGCACGCCUGGCACAGGUCCUUAACUUGACUGUCCAGCCAGUACUGACACCCGAGAUCGCUUGUCCUUUGUCCUAGAUACACUUCACCCACAAAAGAGCCUCAACAGAGUAAACUCCUGCUGUGUCACUGUCACGUCUUCAAGCAAACCCCAAUUGUGCCCACUGUCUUAAACCCAAUGGUUGUCUGUCUGUUACCUGCCUGAAAAGUAAAAUCAUGGAAUUUAAUAUUUUUUAGCAUGAGGUAACUAACUCCUCUGUUUUGCCUUUGCUUUUUGUUGGGUUUAUUUUAUUUUAACACUUGCUAGAAAAUCUGAUCUAAAAACAUUUGAAUUCUUAACAUGUAAACUGUGACAGCCUGCAGUCUUGUAGGCCCUGAAGUCAUGGCUGCUAUUUAUAAAUGGAAGUUACUCCUGGCAAAUAAGGAACUGUUUCUAAAAUCUAGUUAUUGUAGGAUUUUCCAAGGAAAUAUCACCUUGGUUGAAUGUUUCUCAUUGAUUAAACUCUACAGAAGCAAUUUAUCUUCAGUACUGUUUUUAAUCACUUUUUAAAUAUAAGGGCUGCAUGCUUGCAAGGAAGCCAAAGUUUGUUAAUGAUUUUUAUAUGACUAAAGUAAACAGAUUUUGAGGAAUCCGGUGAUCUUAUUAAACUGUUGCGGGAUGGGAGGUGGAGGGGGAGACAGUCACUGAAAGCAUCUUAGCAUUGUAUUGAUUAAAAAAGUUUUCUAAAUGA